GAGAACCCGCGUGUUCUCCGGGGCCGCCAGGCUGGAACUACAAGUGGACUUCCGUGGGCCCGGGGCUGCCGGGCAGCGGCUGCUCCUGGCCGAGGCCCCGAUGGAGAAUGAGCCGGAGACGGCGGCGGGCGCCCGGCGGAACGGCCGCGGCGAGCGCCUGCUGCUCUGGUUCUCCACCGUGACGCUGUACGCCGGCUUCCUGGGGCUGGGAUUGAGUAUUGCUAUCCUGGGACCUACAUUUCAAGAUCUGGCCACUAAUGUGAACCGCAAUAUCAGCAGCCUUUCUCUGAUUUUCGUGAGCCGUGCCUCUGGGUAUUUGUGUGGCUCUAUGAUUGGAGGAGUUCUUUUUGACUGUAUGAAUCAUUUUUUGCUUUUGGGAAUAUCAAUGCUGGCUACCACAGUUGGUCUUUAUCUUAUCCCUUUCUGCAAGACUGCAGUACUGGUGAUUGUCAUGAUGUCUGUUUUUGGAGCUUCAAUUGGCAUUCUGGAUACAGGUGGGAACGUGCUCAUCUUGGCUCUUUGGGGGAACAAGAGCCCCCCCCACAUGCAGGCCUUACACUUCAGUUUUGCCCUGGGCGCCUUCCUGGCUCCCCUGCUGGCUAAACUGGCACUGGGCCCCACAGUGUCUGCUGACAACCACACAGAGCCCGACUUUCUCCCUGCAGCCCUCAAUGCCUCUUCUGAAGCCGCCUCAGACCCUCUACUCGCAGCUCCCCAUGACAUGAACUUACUGUGGGCUUAUGCUUCCACAGGCACUUACAUUCUCAUAGUUUCUCUCCUUUUCUUUGCUCAGUUCUUCAUGAAAAGCUCAAGGCAGGGAAAAUCAACAGCAUCUGCUCAGCAAUCUCGAAGAGCUCAAUACCACAAGGCCCUUCUCUGUCUGCUUUUUCUGUUCUUCUUCUUCUACAUUGGGGCUGAGGUGACAUAUGGCUCUUACAUUGUCUCCUUUGCCACCACUCAUGUUGGCAUGGACGAGAGAGAAGCAGCUGGCUUGAACUCCAUCUUCUGGGGGACCUUCGCAGCCUGCAGGGGCCUGGCAAUCUUCUUUGCCGCGUGUUUACGUCCUGCCACCAUGAUUGUGUUGAGCAACAUUGGCAGCCUGGUCUCCUCUUUGUUUCUGGUACUUUUUGACAGGAGCCCCCUUUGUCUCUGGAUAGCAUCCUCCGUGUAUGGGGCCUCCAUGGCCACCACAUUUCCCAGUGGUGUUUCUUGGAUUGAACAGUACACCACCAUCAGUGGCAAAUCUGCUGCAUUUUUUGUGAUUGGUGCUGCCUUGGGAGAAAUGGCUAUUCCUGCAGUAAUUGGAAUUCUUCAAGGAGAGUACCCAGAUUUACCAGUAGUUCUGUACACCUGCUUGGGGUCAGCGAUCUUCACUUCCAUUUUAUUUCCUAUGAUGUAUAAAUUAGCUACAUUGCCUCUGAGUCAUCAUCGAGUAGGACACAGAAAAAGUGAGGAUCAGAAAGCUUUGCUUUCUAGCAGUGAGCUAAACGACUAUGAGGAAGAGAAUGAAGGUGAGGAUGCAGAAAAAUGGAAUGAAAUGGAUUUUGAAGUGGUUGAGAUGAAUGAUACUGUGAGUCCUUGCACAAUAGAGAUGUCUAGAAAUAUUUUGAUGGAGACCACAGCUGACUUUUCCAACCAGUUUCUCUCUAGUCCAUUGCUAGUUGAGUCAUCUGUCAAUACUGGUGAUUUCUUUGAAAAAACCACUUGCAACACAUAAGUAUAAAGGGCUAAUUUUUACAGAAUAUGCAUUACCACUGACAUCAUUGAAUAAUCGCCAUGUCUAAAGAGGCUCUUGAGAGCAGAGCAUUGGAUUAUCAGCAUGCUUGGAAAUCAGAAUUUCUAGAUCCAUUUAUAGCAUCUGCUAAAUGGUUUGAAAUGCUCUGUGAUUGUGAGUGACUUUGUAUGGUAUUAUCUUGUUAGGAGACUUGUGCUUGGUUUGUGGCUGAUUAUAGUGGUGGUGUGUUAUAGUCCCCACCUUGUAGAGAGAAGGAAGGGACAUUUGUGUUUGAGAAUUUGGAUAGAGAAAAGUUGGGUACAAAAUUGUAAUAGAGAAAAACUACAGUGUAGGGAGUGGAAUGGAUUUGCUGAGCAAAUAAUCAGGCAUCCUUGUUUUGUCAAGGUUGUUUUCUUCCUCCUACUGUCCUUUCUCCUUUUUCUCCCUUCCGUUCUGAGAUUCUAGAAAUAAGAAAGAGGACUUACAUUUGUUCAGGAUGUCUGCUAGGAUAGUCUGUUCUUCAUUUCAAAGGUAAAACAAAAAUGAUAGCUUUAAAAAAGUGCUGCUUUCUAUGGUAUGGAUAGAGACAGGGAGAUUGUGGUUUGAGAGUUUGGUCAAGUUUGUAAACCCUAUCUCAAAAACCAACAGGACAUGGUUGCACAUGCCUGUGAUCCUAGCUACUCAGGAGGUGUAGGUGGGAAAAUUGCAUUUGGCUAGUAGGGGAAAGAUGAGCUCCAGACCCUGUCCAAAAAACAAUCUAGAAAUAAAAGGACUGUGGUUGUGGCUCAAGCAGAGGCCCUGGGUUCAAUCCUCAGCCAAAAAGCCCCCUCAAACCCAAAAACCAGAAAAGAAAUUACUGCUUAUGACUUCUCACUGAUUCUAAGGUACACCAUUUUUAAUGUAAUAGAGUAUGCAUUGUACUCAAUGAUUGUUUAGUAUUUGACAUUUUAGUGAAUUAUGUAUGUAGUCACAUAUAUUUAGAAUUUUGUUUUACAAUCAAUGUCUCAGAUUCAGUGAAAUGUCACAAUUUGUUCAAUUAUGGAGAAGAUACUAUUUUUGCAGACAUUCUACAGAGAAGUUAUUUUUAUAUGCUUUCUAGUUGUGCUCAGAUGGGAUAUGUUAGAUGUCACUGAAAUACUACUGUACUAGUAGAACUAUAAAUAGGCCUUUUGUGGUCCUUGGUCUACCUCAGGAACAGAGGCUGGGUCUGGUCCUUGCUGUUUUACAAUUUGAUUCUCAUUAGCUAUGGAUGAUAAUCACUGAUAAGUACUAUAUACCAGGCUAAUAGCUUACGUUAAGGCACUGACUGUCAGGUAUUGGGAAACCUAUGUCACUCUUCCAGGAAUUCUACUCUCUGAGUUUUGAAAUACCUGGGAAAUCAGGUGGUUUAUUGGUAUAGGAGACAGGGAAGGGACUUCAGAUGACUUUUGAUGUGAGUAGAAUUGGUGACUCGUGUUUCUUAUUUCUUCUCAAAUUAUGCUAAAUGACAUUGCAUUUUUUUUUUUUUCUGGUCCUGAGGCGUGAACUAGAGUUUUGCCCAAGGUGAAUGCUUUACCACUUGAGCCACAGAGCAACUUCCGUUUUGU